CAAAAUAUUCACGACGGGUUUCGUGUUGCAGACAAGCACCAGACUCCCAGUUGCUUACCAAGGAAUGCUUAGCAAACCAGUCAUUUCUUUGCUUCCUAUUGUUGGCUUUGAACAUGGGUGAUACAGUGGAAGAUCCACUCCAGGACCUGGAAAAAACGUACUGUCCUCCUCUAGACCCUGCCUUGCUUACCGCCAUUGCAUUCGAUUAUGACCUUAGAGACUCUACACAACUUCAGCAGCUUCGCGACACCCUUGAUGCCCUUAGAUUGUCCGCUUGGGAGCAAGAGGAUCUACCAUUUGACCCCUCCGGCACGUCCGGACUGAGUCCAGACAACAAUGCGGAGCUCGAUGGCAUCUUAUCAGAGAGCAGUGGAUCCCAGAGUACCACAGUGCGGUCACACGAAACAGAUCUCAGUAGUCUCACAUCUGGCUUCUCUGGUAUCGGGCUGGGUGAUAAAAGCGCACAUGGCAAGAAUAAAGGUGGCGCGAAAUCAUUUGAUCAUGUGUCGUACAUUAUUAGUGAGGAUGGGUCUAUGCGUCUGUCCGGGGCAAAUGAAGAUGACAAAAUCAGUUACUUGACCGAGAUGUUUCCCUCGGUGGACCGCUUUACUGUCCAACACACCCUGCAGAAGUCUAAUGGGGAUAUCGAUCGCUCUAUGGAUGUCUUGCUGAACCUUACCUUCUUCGAUGAGCAGCCGACUGACGAGGACGGAGCCAAGGUCUUUGUUCCUAAAGGCAUUGACGGCUUCGGAGAUGGCCCCGGAGACGCUGGAAAGAAGAAAGGACGCAAGCGCAAGAACAAGAAUGGUCGGAAGCAGGAUAUUUCGUCACCUCUAAGCUCUGUGUCAUAUUUGGAUGAGACACCUACUCUAAACAAAUGGGAUGCUGCCGAAAAGGAUGUUGAUUUCAUCCAUGCUAGAACUUCACCCAUCUUGAAGAAAGAGACGGUCCGCUCGACUUACCAUGCGAAUGGAGCUUCACUACCAGGGGCGAUUCAGGCCCUUGCCUCCGCACAUGCGCCGAAGAGUGAAUUGGCCAUUGCUGAAAAUCCAGUUAUGGUUACGCAAAUCGCUGAGCUCACGCAGGAGUUCGGCUCUGUCCCACCGGUUACAUUUGCCGGUCUACUUCAGGUCACUAGGGGCUCAGUUUCGGCUGCUAAUGAGCUGGCAGCUGCUAUGUUAACUGCUCCUGUGGCGUCCUCAGUGUCCGAGUUGAUCAAGAUCACGGCAUCACCUCUAUCUCUGGACCUUGAAGACGAGGAGGUACGCCCAAAACGGACUGCAGAUGUGCCAGUCACCCGAGACCUUGAUCGAGCACGAAGUGCAGCAGGCCUACACUUCACAGCUGGCGCAGAAGCAUUGUCGAAAGCAUCGCUAGCGUACAGACGCGGCAAGUCGGAUCGAUUGAUGGGGGGUGCGGCCGCGUACUAUUCGGCGGUCGGACGAGACCAUAUGGAGCGCGCCAGGCGCAAUGCAGCUGCGGCCGCCGACGCCUUGGUGGACACACAGUCUACUUCGAGCAUGUUGGAUCUACACGGAGUGUCCGUGCAAGAUGCGGUCCGGAUCGCUAGCGCACGGGUGUCAGAGUGGUGGGAGUCUUUGGGCGACGCCAAAUACAUGCGAGGAGGUGGGGAUCCAGUCCGCGGGGGCUAUCGCAUUGUCACUGGCCUCGGAAGGCACAGUCACGACGGGACGUCCCGCUUAGGGCCGGCCGUGGGGAAGAUGCUCGCCCGAGAGGGCUGGCGGGUAGAAGUUGGCGAAGGUGUUUUGACGGUCGUUGGCGUUGUUAAACGUCGUUGACUUGCACUGCGAUGGUUGUUCUGGCGAUUUCUCGUCUCUUCGGUUCAGCGUUUGAUAUACUCGAGAUACCCUGGGGCGUUUUUACCAUGCGGGCAUCUUUGGUUGAAGGGCGUCAUGUGGCCAACAUAUGUCGUACAUACAUACAUACAUGCUUACGUGUUUGGUAUCUACAUAUACACUUUAUUUUAUCCAAGAAGAGGGGAGUUGGC